CAAUCUUGCAGGAAACCUACUGCAUGGCCCAUUUCCAAGUGAGUUGGCGCUCUCGCCCAGCCUCGCCUCUCUCAACGUGGCAAACAACAGCCUCACAGGGCGCCUGUCUGAGGACCUCUGUAACCUCAACCUCACCUGCGUCAACGUGAUGGGCAACCCUCUCCGCGGUCCCAUCCCCUCGUGCUGGAGGAACUUCACAUGCCUUGACUUUGCAAACACCAGCCUCCUGGUUGUUCCCAACGAAACAUGUCGCGAUGUCCCCUACCACAGCUGCAACCCGCCCCUCGCCGUAGCGGUGGCCCCCCCAUCAGCAGCAGCCUCCUCUGUCAACGUCGUUGCCAUCAUCUGUGGCGUCGUGGGGGGUGCUGCGCUCAUUGCGCUGCUGAUUGCGGGGGCGAUGGUGGUGAUGAAGCACAUUGAACGGAAGCGCAGGGAGGAGGAGGAGCGGCGCCUAGAGCAGGAUCUGGAGACCCAAAUCUCAUCGCGCCACUUCGGAACCCUGAGACGCUUCACCUCAGAGGAGCUGAAGAAGGCCACCAACGGGUUUGAUGAGGACUAUGUGCUGGGCGAGGGCGGGUUCAGCAAGGUGUACAAGGGCAAGCUGGAGGACGGCAAGUUCGUUGCUAUCAAAAGGAUUAAGGAUGAGAAGCGCGCAGGUGGCGAGCUGCAGUUCCUAUCAGAGGUGGAGAUGAUCAGCCGGGCAGUGCACCGCAACCUCAUCCGUGCCGAGGGAUUCUGUGUGGAGCGCGGCGAGUGCAUGCUCGUGCUGCCGUUUUGCUCCAAUGGCUCUGUUGCCUCGCGCACUCAGGGCAAGGAGGGUAACCCCAUGGACUGGCCUACGCGCAUGAAGGUGGCCCGUGGCGCAGCGGAGGGGAUAGGCUAUCUGCACACGGACUGCAAGCCGAAGCUGGUGCACCGCGACAUCAAGGCUGCAAAUGUGCUGCUGGAUGAGAACGACGAGGCAGUGAUUGCAGACUUCGGUCUUGCCAAGGAGAUGGACGUGAAUGAGACGCAUGCCACCACGGCUGUCAAGGGCACCAUCGGUCACAUUGCUCCUGAGUACUUUGUGAGCGGGCAGUGUUCGGAGAAAACGGACGUGUAUGCCUUCGGGGUCUUCCUGCUGGAGCUCGUGUCGGGCAAGGACGUGUACGGCCUCACAGUGGUGCCCGAGGCCGAGGAGAUUCUCCUGAGGGACUGGCUCGUGUCAGGCAAGGACGUGUACGGGCUAACCGUUGUUCCCGAGGCUGAGGAGAUUCUUCUGAGGGAUUGGGUGUCGCGGCUGUUGGUGAAGGGCAAGGCGGACGUGUUGGUGAAGAAGAUGGACAUGGCGCAGUGGACAUGGGGCAGGUCGAGAAGAUGCUGCAGGUGGCGCUGCUGUGCCUCCUUGCUCUCACUCUCUCCCUGCUCCCAUCCCCCAGGUGUCUCGGCUGCUGGUGGAGGGCAAGGCGGACGUGCUUGUAGACCCAGAGGUGAAGAAGCCCGAGGGCGCAGUGGACAUGGGGCAGGGUGGCCUUGCUGUGCCUCAACAAACUCUCUCCCUUCCAUGAUCUCACCCUCUCCCGUGCCCCAGGUGUCACGGCUGCUAGUGGAAGGGAAGGCGGACGUGCUGGUGGGUCCAGAGGUGAAGAAGUCCGAGGGGGCGGUGGACAUGGGGCAGGUGGAGAAGAUGCUGCAGGUGGCGCUGCUGUGCCUGCUCUUGCUUCCACCCAUAUACUCUCUCCCUCUCUGUGCCCUACACCCUCUCUCCCUCGGUGCGUCCUGCCUGCAGGUAUCGCGGCUGCUGGUGGAGGGCAAGGCGGACGUGCUGGUGGAUCCAGAGGUGAAGAAGCCCGAGGGGGCGGUGGACAUGGGGCAGGUGGAGAAGAUGCUGCAGGUGGCGCUGCUGUGCCUCAAGAACGACCCGGCUGAGCGACCUACCAUGGAGGAUGUGGCUAAGAUGGUGGCUGGGAGUGAACUCACGGAGAAGUGGCAGCAGUGGCAGGUGAGGGUUCUGUGUGAGCGUGUGUAUGUAGCUUGUUGUGUGAACAGCUUGCUGAGUGCUAAGAUUGGUAAGAACGACCCGGCUGAGCGACCCACCAUGGAGGAUGUGGCUAAGAUGGUGGCUGGGAGUGAACUCACGGAGAAGUGGCAGCAGUGGCAGGUGAGGGGUGUGGGGUGA